AUGGCGUCGCUCCUGAAAGACCCACUGUUUGAAACAUCCGGGAUGGCUCCGGCGCCAAAUAGGACUUAUUGUUACUUAACCAUAACUAAAUCUGAGGUAAUCUGGAGAUGGUGGAAGAUCUCUCUCAGAGCUGUGGACCGGCUCGCGGGGCCUGGAGAAGUUAAGCUGUCCCACCAGGAGAUGUUAGAAGACAAACAGUUACAGGGGGAAAUCACUACAGUGUUUGGACAGGAUGUGUUGGACCACGCCAAGACUCUGUGCCAAGGUCAUUUUAACUACCUGGAGCAUCUGUCCGAUGCUCUGCUCCUCCACAUCCUGGGCUUUCUGGAGCUGGAGGAUGUGGGACAGCUCCUACGCACUUCACGACAAUUCUGGAAGCUGUGCCAAUCAGAGGAGUAUUGGGAGAACGCAGUGCAGCAGCGGUGUAGCACUCUGCCGGACGAGGUGGUGGCUCUGGCCAGAGACAUCGGCUGGAGGCGCAUUUUCUUCACCAACAAAAUCCAACUGCAACUGCUCAUCCACCGCCACCGGGUGAAACUCCAAGAAGCACUGGAAGAGGAGGAACGGGAACUCCAAACUGCAACAUCUGAGACGUCCCCUGAAGACAAGAGCUCUAGCCCCAAACCUGAGAAGUCCAGCAUCAGUCCUUCUGAGCAGAGGUCCAGCAAUACUCUCAGCUUGGACUCUGAUAAUAGCUUCUCCGGUUCCUACACUGACCUUUCCCUCAGCUCAGAUGACGGGCCCAAAGGUUCACUGGAGAACUUCUUCAAGGAUCUGGAAGAGGUCCAACUGGCUCAAAGCAACAAAGCAGAAAUAAAGAGUGAAGAUGGCGACUUCCAGUCAAAAUCCAAGGGACACAGAGAGACUCUCUCUUUGGAGUUCAAGGCCUCGUUCCAAUCUCUCGACUCGAAACUGGACGGUGUUGAAGCUUCUAUUAAGGAGCAUGGGGUCCGUGUCAGAUCACUGGAGGAGAAUGCAGAUUCGUUUGAACAAUGCCUAACUUAUGUGGAGGAUAAGUGUCGUACUUUGCAACAAGACAACCACUCGCUUAGGGAGAAAGUGGCGGAUCUGGAGGGACGCAGUAGGCGCCAAAACAUUCGCAUUGUUGGCUUACCAGAGAACAUAGAGGGUCCUCGCCCAACCGCUUUCUUCUCUCAACGUCUGGCAGAGGUUUUUGAUGAAAACGUGCUCCCUACUCCACCGGAGAUUGACCGUGCUCAUCGGACCGCUGGCGCUAAACCUGCACUGGGAGCCAAACUGCGUCCUGUGAUCCUCCGUCUCCACCGAUUCCAGGUGAAAGACCUGAUCAUCUGUAGCCUGGUGAAGUCCCUGAGCCUCCUGCACUCUCACCAGCGCUGGGGCAGGGGCAACCGUCCGUGGGACAACCACUGA